UGCAUCUUGUUGGUGUCAAUUUUAUUCGUGUUUAGCUUCGUCACUGUUCAGCGGCAUGCUCCAGCUUUCCCGGAGCUUCGACAAAGAAAAGAAGACCAUGGUCGUCAUCGCAACAUCGCUGCUCCCUCUAUCGAAUCAACUUAUCUGCUUGUGUCCUUGACUUUGCCAUAAAUUGGUUGGAAGAAGCUUCAAAAGGCGCAACUUUAAAAGAUGGCGCCUCGGAAAUCCAUCUCAGUUUCCGACCGCAUUGGAGCACUUGAAGAGUGCGCCAUCAAGUUCAAAGAUCACCUCAUUGAUACCUCAGGUGUCGCUCUAACAGCAAUUCUUCGCUUGGCGGUGGCUCAGUGUGCCCGUGAUGCUGUGUACUGCAAGGAAUGUGCCAAGGAACUGCCCCGCGACGCCUGCCUUAGGCCUGGAACCAAGAUCUAUGGCAAGGUUGCUGCCAUUCACCACUCGGUUCCCCGUCUUGAAGGAGUAUCUGAUCAGGCAGAACAGGUAAUCGUGACCAUUGUUCACACCAUGGUGAAUCACCAAGGACGCAUGGACAAGGAUUGGUAUGACGACAGCCUGGAGGCUAUUUCGAAGGUUGGGCUUGUACCCGAGUCGGUACAACAACAGGAAAAGCGCCAUUGCUUGGUUAUUUCAGCCUUUGCUGAAAUCAUGUGUAUUGCAACAAUGUCCCAUGGAAUCAACAUGGCCUUCUUGACCAUGGGCCGUCCCGUGCCUCGCCUUCCAUCCCAAGACGAAAUCCUUGGCGGAACGGCCCAUGGACAGGGGCCACUGCUGUUGGACUGGUCCACCAUAUUGAAGAAAGCACCCACGCAGGAUCUAUCGGUGGCGUUCGCCUAUCACUUCAAACAAGGCGACAUUGACAAGAAAAGUAAAGACUACCUGCGCAUCUCGGAAAAAGCUCGACGGGAUAUGAAAGUUUAUGGAGACCCGCUCCACCCUUCCAUUUGCUUGGUGUUCGCAGCUGAAGACAUUUGGAUGCUGCAUCAUAUGGAGAGCAUCUACUACAUCCCCGAGAAGGAUAUGAUGGCACUCUUCAGGACACGUUUAGAUCCCACGGUUCGGUGUGCCAACGAAUUCAGCAGGUUUGACGUGGAGUUUGUGGCGCACGAAGUGGCCGCCAACAACAACUGCGGCUACUGACAGUCGAGCCAUGGCCUGUUCAUGCAGAUCACAUCCCCAAGAAGAGACGUCACGAACGAAAAGAGAUAUGUAGCCUUGAAAGAGCUGAUCAAGGCGGCAGCCAUUCGUCCAAUCGACGCAGCAGCCAUCGAGACAGCCCGCAAAGCUGUGCUUGAGCAGGAAGGAGAAGGAACAUUGGUGGAAACAUCGGCUCUGGUUGGUUCCUUUGAAGUAUUCACGAAGCAAACACAAGGAACUGGGAGACCCCCACUUCCAAAAGCAAUGGGCAAUGUCCUGCGAUUGGUUUUUACAAUCAUUCGCUUCAUCUAUGAGCUAGUCUUUCGUGCCUAGCUUGGCAGUAUCUAGAUCGGUCAGGGUUUGUGGAUCUCUUCUGAAUGACAGCGUCUUGCAGAAGCACCAAUCUGAAAGAUGCUUGACAGAGAGGUUCCAUUUCGAAAGUAGCAGAGCCAUAAGCCAUGUGCUUUCUAGUAUGCAGUAUUUUCCU